AUGGUUUGGUUUAAAUCCCUCUGCUUGCUGCUGCUGCCGGCCUUGCUGAUGAUUUCGGUCAUGGCAACGGGCAUCGACGAGGAUCAUAUCCUGAACCAUGAUGUGGACCCGGAUCCGGGCCGCAUGAAGUACAUAUGGAAUCCGUUUUCGGGAUUUUGCGGCGAGAAUGCCACCAUGGUGAGGUGUGCUGGAGUUUGCCCCGAAACCUGUGCCUUCAAAUCGCUCAAGUGUCCUAAAUAUUGCGGUGUAAAUUGCGUAUGCAAACCUGACUAUGUCUUUGACGAAAAAUUGCAACUGUGCAUCCUAAAAACUGAUUGUCCUCCAGACAUGAACCAAUUGGUUGUGGAAACUCAUCGCGUUUUUCAGUAAAAACCACAAAAUAUUUCUGUGUUAUAAUAAGACAAUAAACAAAUGCUUGCAACUAAAA